CAUAUGACCCUUUGCAGUUGCGAGCGCCGUAAAACCUCUACUAAGACUAAGAGUAUAUUCUAAAAAUUCCCAGAAUAUUCUUCUCAAUGAUUGGCGCACUGAUGAUGGCGGGCACCGUAGUUGACGUCAUUUUCGUCCAGUGGCCGGCCUGGGAGGUUGAGAGGGUCAAGUCACGUGGUUUCACCCACGAGGAAAGCACGCCGUGUGAAGGACCCGGACCCCAACAAUUGGGACAGGACAAGCAAGCAGGACAAGAAGACCAGGCAGGGGAGACGUCUGCUCUAUGGGGGCGGCCCAAGACAAAGAGCUACGCACCGCCGAGUCCCUUUUGGGAAAUCCUCCAGCAGGUCCUGCUCUCCUUCUCCGUCUACUCCAACGCCCAGAAAGUCCUGUCUACCGAAGAGGCCCCCGGUACUAUCGGCUGUAUUCAUGGACUCCGAUUCUUCAGCAUGUCCUGGCUCGUCAUCAAUCAUCUUUACCUGAUGUUUGUGGGCUAUCUAGCCAAUCCCCAAAGUCUGUUCGCAGCAGCAGAUCACUGGACUUUCGACAUUGUCACAAACAGCACGAUAGCUGUAGACACCUUUUUCACACUAGGGCUGACGCCCCCGUACAUGCUAAGCCUGGUUUUCUUCACCGGAUUUCUCAAGUUCUUCGGCUCCGGCGAGACUUGGUUCAACACCAUGCCUAUAGAUGAGGAAAACUGUAAGAAGUAUGCGUGGACAAACCUUCUGUACAUCAACAAUCUGGUGCACAGUGAGAACAUAUGUAUGCCGCCGAGUUGGUACCUGGCUAAUGACAUGCAGUUCUACUUGGUCAGCCCUCUCCUAUUAUAA